AUGCAACCGAUGCGCUUUGGUUCGGAACUCGACAACGACAAAGACAACGAGAGCGAGGUUCUGGAUGAUUUCCUCGGGGCUACGGUCAUUUCUCCAAGCAGCUGGUGGCGGAAAAGAAGCACAUGGCAUGUUGGACGAGAUGACAGACUCGAGAUGCCUAGGUCUCUCGAAAUGCUCCUAGAUGAUUAUAACCUCGCACUAGGCGUCGAGUCCCCAAAUGCUAAGCUCAUCCGCCCGAGACUGGAUUCCAUCCUAAUCCAAAUCCUAUCCGGGGUGAAAGAAGCGCGACAAAGGUCUGAGAAUACGAGUCUGAGAGGUGUAUCCCAAUCCAGUAGAUUCGGAAUGUCUGCCAUUCUGGACGCAGUGUCCUGGGGAUCCCGAAACAGACUCUGCAUAGCGCACGACUUUGAGGGUUGUAGUUACAUCGUUGGCUGCACGGUGGACUACGCUCUAUGGUACGGGAGCCGACAAGACCUCGAAACCAACUUUAUUGUUGUCCAAAGCGACGUGCUAAUGGAGGAUGAGUGCUGGAUGCCUCUUGCAGCUAUGUCCAUCAUUCACUACGCUCGAAAGAAAGCCGGGAGGAACGCGGAAAUAUAUGGUAUCUGUACAGAUAGUUACAAAUGGACGUUCUUGCAUCUAAACAGCAAGAGUGAGUACUCGUCGCUCCACCUGGACUGGACACAAGGUCAACAAGAAGAGAUCGUCAGCCAGAUUGGCAAGAUUAUAAAACAGGCAAUUGAGAUUGCAAUAUCAGAAGCUCGAAUGGACCGACGGAAAAUGACCGUGAGCCAGAUGACUGGCUGUAUGGUUUUGGAGUAA